AUGGAUGAGCUGUACCAGGGUUCGGGACCAAGAAGGCGGUGCCCUGAAGAACCCCUGCCCGCCCGCAGCUUGGAGCCCCGCGCCGCCGCAGCCCGAGAGCUGCUCCUGGCUGCACUGGAGGACCUGAGCCAGGACCAGCUGAAGCGCUUCCGCCACAAGCUGCGGGAUGCUGCGGUGGGCGGCCGCAGCAUCCCGUGGGGGCGGCUGGAGUGCGCGGACACCGUGGACCUCGUGGAGCACCUGACCCUCUUCUAUGGGCCAGAGACAGCUCUGGACGUGGCCCACAGGACCCUGAAGAGGGCGGACGUGCGCGACGUGGCGGUGCGGCUCAAGGAGCAACGGCUGCAAGGGCUCGGCCCCAGCUCCCAGGCGCUGCUCUCUGUGUCGGAGUUCCAGAAGAAAUACCGCAAACACGUGCUACAGCAGCACGCCAAGGUGAAGGAGAGGAACGCGCUCUCCGUGAAGAUCAGCCAGCGCUUCACCAAGCUGCUCAUCGCGCCCGAGAGCGCGGCACCCAGGGAGAAGGCGGCGGCGCUGGGACCAGCGGAAGAGCCGGAGCCCGGGCGCGCCUGGCGCUCGGACGCGCACACCUUCAACGGGCUGUUCGGCAGUGACAACCAGGGCUGGCGGCCGCUGACCGUGGUGCUGCAGGGACCGGCAGGCAUCGGCAAGACCAUGGCGGCCAAGAAGAUCCUGUAGGACUGGGUGGCGGGCAAGCUGUACCGCGGCCAGGUGGACUUCGCCUUCUUCCUGCAGUGCCACGAGCUGCUGGAGCAGCCCGGCGCGCGCAGCCUGUCCGACCUCAUCUUGGACCAGUGCCCAGACAGCGAUGCGCCGCCGUCGCUAAUGCUGGCUCAGCGGCAGCGGUUGCUCUUCAUCUUGGACGGCGCCGACGAGCUGCCCGCGCCCCGGGCCUUUGAGGCCGCCCCCUGCACGGAUCUCUUCGAGGCAGCGAGCGGCGUGCGGGUGCAGGGCGGGUUGCUGAGCAAGGCGCUGCUGCCCUCGGCUCGCCUGCUGGUGACCACGCGCACCACCGCCUCCGCGAAGCAGCACUGCAGCCUGUGCGCGCCACAGUGCGCCGAGGUGCGAGGUUUCUCGGACAAGGACAAGAAGUACUUCUACAAGUUCUUCCAGGAGGAGCGCAGGGCCAAGCGUGCCUAUCGCUUUGUGAAGGAGAUCCAGACCCUGUUCGCCCUGUGUUUCGUGCCAGUCGUGUGCUGGAUCGUGCGCACUGUACUGUGCCGGCAGCUGGAGCUGGGCCGGGACCUGUCAUGUACCUCCAAGACCACCGCUUCGGUGUACCUGCUCUUUCUGCGCAGCGCGCUGAACUCCAUGGGCUCCAAUGGGCCCCACGUGAGGGGGGAGCUGCGCAAGCUGUGCUAUCUGACUCGCUAAGAGGUUCUAGGAGACAAGGUACAGUUCUCUGAAAGGGAUUUGGGGCGCCUGGAUCUUUGAGAUUCUGACAUCCAGCACUUUCUCAUCAAGAAGGAGCUGCCGGGUGUGCUGGAGACUGAGGUGAUCCACCAGUUCAUCGACCAGAGCUUCCAGGAGUUCUUUGCUGCACUGUCCUAUCUGCUGGAGGAUGAGGGGGCACCGGGGUCAGUAGGUGGCCUGGAGACGCUACUGCACAAGGGCAUGGAGCAGCGCAGUCACCUUACACUCACCACAUGCUUCUUCUUUGGACUGCUGAGUGUGGAGCAUGUACAGGAUGUCCAGCGCCACUUCGGCUGCGUGGUCCCAGCACAUGUGAAGCAGGACGCCCUACGAUGGGUUCAGGGGCAGAGCCACCCCAGGGUAGCACCAGAGGGAACAGACAGGACUGAAGGGCUCAAGGACACUGAAGAGCCAGAGGAGAAGGAAGAAGAGGAAGAAGAGGAGGAAGAGCCCAACUUCCCUCUGGAGCUGCUGUACUGUUUGUAUGAGACCCUGGAUGAUGCCUUUGUGUGCCAGGCCCUGAACAGCCUCCCCCAGCUGACACUGGAGCAUGUGUGCUUUAGCCGCAUGGAUCUCAACAUUCUGAGCUAUUGCAUUCGGUGCUGCCCAGCUGGACAGGUGCUGCAGCUGAUAAGGGCUGGGCAGGAAACAAAAAAGAAAGGGAGCCUGGUGAAGCGGAUGAAGGGUUCUCAAGCCGCCAUGAAACAACUCCAUGUCUCUCCACUGCAUCCACUCUGCGAGGCCAUGACUGACCUGCAGUGUGGCCUGAGCACCCUGACUCUGGCCUCUGUGGAGCUGAAUGAACCAUCAGUGCAGGAGCUGAGGGCCGUGAAGACAGCAAAACCCAGCCUGGUCAUCAUCCAUCCAGCACUUGACAACCACCCUGGUUCUCCCGAGGGAGUCAUCAGUGCCCUCUGAGGACUGGAGCGUGGCAAAAGUGGAGGACACAGAGAUCAAAGCCCAGAAGUCCUCCCUGCUCCAAAGGCAGGAGGUGGGAGUACAGCAGUGACCCCCCUGGGUGGGAACCUUGAUGGCCCUGAUACACUGAUAAUGAAUUCUCCAGUGGAAUCUUUUUCUUUGGUUUCUGUGACAUUGGCCAAACAUCCCAGCAGGUCUUGAUCAUCUUUCACCAAUCCACCUGCAUAGGACAGAGCUCAGUUCACAGGCACUACUGGAGAAUCAGGCUCAGCAGCUGGCCUGGCUGCAGAAAGCAGGAAACACCCUGGAAGCCCCAGUCUCCUCUGCCAGGCUCUGCAGGCUCUUUCCAUGUUUGGGCCCCAGACUGGGUGAGAGUAUCCUGGAGUCACUUCCCAGGGGAAACCCUCUCCAUUAACCACUUUGUAAAUCCACUUUCAUUCCCAAAACAGAAAAAUCCCUGCCCUCUUAAGGCAGUAUUCUAAGUAGAAGACAGAUAAUAAAUAUGUAGGCAUAUGCAAACACAGCACCAUAAAUACACACAUGACAGAAGAUACAGUAGAUACUGUACAUGUGAUAUAUAAAAACACAAUACAGUAAAUAUAGGAUACUUUUUUAAAAAAUAGUACUG